UAUGUUGUUGCUCUUUAAAAAAAUUGAACAGAGGUUAUGUUAUAAUUUCGAGAUAUCAUAAAACCCAAAGCAGAUGCACGUUUACAAACAAAUUAAAACUUUAGAAGAAUUUUUAUUAUAUAUUACAUAAUUUGAAAUUAAUAUAAUGAUAGAGCGAUAAUAGAAAUAAAAAUGAAAAUAAAAUGAGUGAAUGAUCACAUUUAAAAUAGAUAUUUGUGAUCCUCAAAAUGUUGCAUGAGAUUUUAUUGUCACUUUGGGGAUGCUCAACCAGUAUACCGCAGAUGAUAGAGACAGAUUCUAUAGAUCUUGAUAAAUACUUACAUCCCGGAGAACGAGCAUUACUCAAUAAAAUAUUAGAUAUUGUGAAAGAAUGCAAUGUCAUACGAAAUUUUAUACAUACAGUGAACAGUGAAGAUACAAAAGAUCUUGCAGAAUAUGUCACUCCUGGCUUAUACAUACGUGCUCUGUGUGAUGGAAUGGAUCAGGCGCUUGAGUCAUUUCGCGAAGAAAUAGUUGAGCUGGAGCGUACAGUCUUAAAUGACAGUCAUACCCCUUUAUCGUUAAUUCUCUGCAAUGUUGAAAAAUAUACAUGUUUAUUUUCUCUUUUGCAUUCUAUUAUUCGUGAGAUUCGAACGCAGAAACUCCAUGGUUGUAAAUUAUUGCAAUGUUUACAUCAGCGUAUGCAUACUGGCAUACCGGAAAUCAGCUCCACUUUGGAAUUAAUGACCCACUCCGUUCAUAUCGUUUUCUAUAAGCAUCUAACAAGCUGGCUCUUGUACGGGCAUCUGGAAGAUGUUCACAGAGAGUUCUUCAUUCAGAAAGCAUUGGAUUGUGAGAAAACUCUGAUGCACGAGAAUGCGAAGAAUGAUAUCGAUACACGCGAUCAAUUGGCAAAUAGUAAAAAUAUCGGUGUCAAUAUGUGGGAUUAUGAUGUUCAGAUGGACAUGCUUCCAUCUUAUAUAAGGCCGUCAUUGGCGAACAAAAUCUUGACUAUUGGUCAGACUGUUAUUAUGUUUGGAAAUGAUCCUAGGCAAAAGAAAGAUUUCAGCAUGAUGUCUAAAACGGAAAAUUCCGUAUGGGGCGACAAGGAAUACGAAUAUUUUAGAAAACUUCAGAAUCUCCAGGCGAAAUCCGUUUUCAACAUUGUCGAGUUUGAUCGCACAAUCAACGAAUUAAAACAGUGCGUAACAGAACUUCUGUGGAAUGUUGCAGUCGAAGAAGCGCAACUAAUGCAACAAUUGAAACUUGUGAAGGAAUUCUUCCUCAUGGGUCGCGGUGACUUGUUCUUGGAAUUCAUCAAGCUUACAGCGCAUAUCCUAAAUAAGGCGCCAACAAGUCACACAUCUAGAGACAUUAAUCUCGCAUUUCAAAUAGCGCUAAGAAAAAUGCAUUUGAACGAUGAAAGCGCUAUAGAUAGUUUUAAUUUCGCAGUGCCCGUGCCACCUUCCGAAAACGAGGACGUGGACACGGAUGCCACUGACCUUCCUGAUAACGAGAGACAAGAUCCCAAUGAAAAACGUGGAUGGGGUCUUAUCACGCUAAAAUACAAAGUUGUUUGGCCGUUGCAUCUGUUAUUUAGUCCGGUCGUGUUGAAUGAUUAUAAUAUUUUGUUUCGCUUUCUGUUAAGAGUUAAAAAGACUCAGAUAGAUUUGUGGAAUCUAUGGAGUGAACACAUGCAUCAUAAAAACAUUGACAUUGGUGUGAUUCAGUUGAGAAAUAAUUUGGUCUUCAUUGUCGAUAACUUACAGUAUUAUCUGCAAGUGGAUGUGUUGGAAAGCCAAUAUACUGUAAUGGAAACGAGUAUGAAAAGCACACGAAAUUUCGAAGACAUACAGAAGGCGCAUUCUGUAUUCCUAGCUAAUGUCAUGUCACAAACUUUUUUACUGGGCAAUGGAACAGGAAAGAAAAAUUCUGUAAAUAUGUUGAUACAUCUUUUGUUGCGAUUAUGCGACGAUUUCAUCUUACAAGCGUCCAUGUGGGAAGUCGGUAAUUUGCUUCUAACAGAGAAAGAAGAACUUAAAACAUUAUGUGAAACACUCGACAGUGUGAUGGACUGGUUGACAAAAACUUUAAACAGAGUACGUGCGCAACCUUGUGGGGAACAUUUAGCUAGAUUGCUAUUGAGACUCGAUUUCAAUAGAUGGUUCAGUAAAAAAGUCUGAAAGAGGUAAAUCACAAAUCUAUCAAAUUAUAAAUCAAAUUACGUAUCAAAUUACAAAUAAAUGCUGGUAUAAUCCUGUAAAAAGGAUGUCCUGUAGAAGGACAAAAAGUUAUAUGGUUUUCUUGAUUUUUUUUUUAAAGUCAAUGUUUAGAGAAAAAUAACAAAAGAUCAAAUAAUGCUAUUAAUAUUUUUCAUUAAUUAAAAAUAAAAUGAUACAAACUUGAGACUCGAGAGUUAAUUUAUAUAUAAAAAAAGAUUCUAUUCUAUGUACAUGAUCUUCCAUAAAGAAUGCCUUCUAUAUUUUCUUAUAUUAUGUAAUUUGUAAUUUACAAUCAAUAGAAUAAUUUUUUUUGUGAUUAAUAUAGUUUUAAUACAUUCAUG